AUGUAUUUACAUAGAAAGAACGCGCCAAUCCACGCUUCAGUAGAAGUGUCAGAAAUCAUGCACAAUGAAAAAAUAACGUGUGUGUCGCUAGACAGAGAGCUUUACGGCGGGUUUAUGGGGGGAAUAUAUAGAACAAGUGUAGACACCCUCAAGGCGGUAUUUAGAAUAGACUCUCCUGUUUCUUUUAUUGCAAAAGUUCCUGCUUGUGACCAAUUUGGAGAGAAAGAUACGCCGUGUAUAAAAAGGAAUGAACACAAGAUAGAAAAAGUAUUUUGUCCAGAAAAGAAGUGUGUGUCUCUUGAAGGGUAUGCAAUUGGUGACUGGGAGGGGCGCGUUUACUUCCAAGGAAAGAAGAUACAGAUGCCGUGCGGCUCGUGCCCAAUAAAGUAUAUUUUCCCAACAGAUUUUGGGCUAGUUAUAUGCACACAGGCAGAAAUGUAUUUAUUUAGAAAUGACACUUUUGCAUCUAGUAUAUAUAUUAACACGUAUCCUUUACAUAUUAGUUGCACAGGCAGAACCCUUAUUGUAGUAACAGGGUACAGUGUACAGCACAUUCAAAUAGGCGAGCACGGGCUAGUUCGCGAAGAAGUAACAGAGCUUCUUCGGAAUGAAAAUCACACAGAAACCAUCACAUGCAUAUCUGAAAAUAACCCGAACAUUGCAGGAAGUAUUGGGGGGUGGAUAAUGGAAUUAGAUGGCUGGGGAGAGGGGAAAAGCUAUUGCCUCAGAAAGAUUCAUAGGGCAUCUCAAGAAAAACUCAUUGGUGUAGUUAGGUAUGUACAUGAAAAUGAAUUAUUUUAUAUAUGCGGUACUCCCAAGUCAGUGUAUAUUAUAAAUGAAAAAUCCAAAACUGUUGCAUAUUCUGCUAAUUUAACAGAUGCUAGCGGUAUAUUUUCCAUCCAGUUAAAGCACAACAACAAGCACAUGCUAAGUGUUUUUGAUAGAAAUUUCAAGGUGUACACAAUAGAUUUGUUCUGUGUUUUUUCACCAGAAAAUAGCAAAGGUGUAGCAAAUAAAGACCCAAUCAACACAACAAUCAACACGUAUGAAGAGCUUUUGAAGGAGCUUAAUUCGGGUGUGUUUGAUUAAUCCUUCACCUAUUUCCACUUAUUGCUAUUUGGGGUAUAUUUUUCUAUAUAUUAUAGUAGAGAAUAUUUUUGAGUUUUUUAUUUCUGAUAAGAAUGCAUUUUACUCUAAUCAUUUGGAUAACCUUGUAUUAAAUAAAGUAUGUGGGGGUCCAAAGCACCAAAUGAAUUUUAUAAUUAAAUCAUAUGUGUAUUCCAGCACAGCCUAGAAUAUCAAAGAGGUAUUAACAAAGUAAUCAUAUGCACGAAUCACUUGAUUAUUUAUAAGCUACAGCUAAGUAUAAGAGAAAUAAAUUAAUUAUCGGAA